UCUCUGUGUUUCACGUGUUAAUAACUUUGUGGAUCGUGAUCGGUGUGGGCGUGUGCGUGUGGCGGUUCGUGGCGAGGCAGUACCAGUGGCACGGGGAGCGGCGGGGGGAGCUUAGACAAUGGUGUUCUCAGCGAGCCAUAAUGCUGGAGCAGCAACUGCUAGCGCACACAGGACAGACGCAGACGCUGGCAGGCCUGGUUUCAUCCCUGGGUCGUAUGGCUGAGGACGGCCAAUGGGCGCUGGACACGUGUCUCUCUGAGAGGCGCUGGCUGGCGUAUCUCAGCCAAACCAGGUCCACCCGGCCUGAAGGCGCUGGGGCCUUUGCGUGUCUUUAUGUCACGCACGCACACAGGAACGCCUUUGAGCGGCGGAACAACGCCUCCAUCACCGAUGCGUUCACGGCCCUGCCACGCGCGCCUGCUCCUCUUUACUGCCCCAAGGUCCUGGACGUAGACAGUGCGUCAGGGGCCGCUCUCCUCUCAGACGCCCUCCAGGCCUUCCCCUCGGAGCUUGCUCUUGUGCGUGCCUCAGCCAAGGAGUCGUUCACGCUGCCCUACGCCACCACUGCCACAAGCACUGCUGGCCUGGGGGUGGUGUUUCCAGUGCUGUGGCGGCCUCCUUCCUUAUCCCCCUCGCAGCAGCAGCAGCAGCAGCAGCAGCAGCAGCAGCAGCAGCAGCAGCAGCAGCAGCAGCAGCAGCAGCAGCAGCAGGCACAGGCAGCAGUGGUGGGAGCAUUGACCACCACCAUCAACCUAACUGCCGUCGUUCAGAGCGUGCUCUCAGAGAUCUUCUCGUCUUCCACCCCAUCUGCACGCUCUGACCGUUCAUUUGAGCUCUACGACACGACAGACCCCUCCUCUCCGCUCUUGCUCGCCGGCCCCACGCCACUGCUCUUCCAGCCGCAGCCGGGCCAGCCAGUCGCCCCUCUGCUGCCGCUGCCCCCUCGGUGCUGCGCGUUGGCAGCAGUCGUGGAUGCCAGUGUGCCGCAGCAGCUGGUGGGAGAUCAGCUGCGCCUCGCCCAAGCGCUCUCUCAAGUCAUGGACUAUGCCUUGUCGUUCACGCCGCAAGGGGGCUACGUGCUGGUUCGGGUGGCUGUGGCAGAUGUUGACGUGGCCUUGACUCAGCUGGCUCAGUGGAACGUGUCCUAUGCAGCAGUUAGCAGCGCGAGGGUGACUACACUGAUAGACUCAGACGGUGUGACUGUAAAAGGGGAUGCUGACACAGCAGCAGCGGCGGAUUGUGUUGCUGGUAGUGCUGGGCUGUGCAAUGAAGAGCAGAAACUUUGUCCACCUAUGCCCGCACGCAAUAGCCUCAAUACGCAAAAACGGCCAGGAUAUUGCAGCAGCAGUAGUGUAUGUGACUGUAGAGGAGUAGGACUGUGCAGCCUUCGUGGUCCCUGGAUUAGUGGUAACUGUACAGGCGACAUGCGUGGUAACCGUACUAAGGGUGGUAGUACUAACCAUACAGUCAACGUGGAUGGUGACUGUGACUACACAGGGGGGAGGAAAGCAGCAGCAGGGGGGAUGAUGCAUCUGGUGGUGACGUGUGAGCAUAGCGGGUGUGACAACAGUGAGACCAUGAAUGGAUUCAUGUUCCGAUUUGAGGAGAUGCGUAGCCUACAGGAGGGAGCUGAGGAAGCUGCUGCUAAGCUCAGCCUCGUGUUGGCUAAGCAACUGGUCGACCCUGUUACAGGGACAACUUUCACCCUCGCCAUACCAAUUCUAUCAGCCCCACCAAGAAUGCCCCAGACAAGCCUUCCUUCAACAGCCCUCCACCAGAUCAACCUGUUUCAUUCAAACCUGCCUCUUUCAAAAGCCGUGUUUCCUGCUGCCGCUCCUGCUGCUGCUGUGGCUGAAGCUGGCUUGGUGGCUGUGAAAAUGCAUGGUCAUGUGGAGUGUAGCAAUGCAGCGCGGGUGGUUGUGGGGGGGAACCAUGGGACCAUGAUGGGCAGCCACAUGGGGGGGCACUUCUCGGACCUCUCUGGAGUGUUGGUGGUGGUGGCGGAUGGCCAGCCGGAGAGAGCAAAGGUAGGUAACUUGCACACUGGCAGGUGGGUGUCUCCUCACCUCAGCACCCCCACUCUCCCCCGCACCCACCGGCUGAGAGUGGGGGUGCUGAGGAGCAUCUGUGGAACAUCGGUGCUGCUGGUGAAUGAUGAACAGGCAGCAGCUUCCAUCAUAGCUGGUUUCCAGGCUUGCCACCAGCGGUCUUCCCGUUCUCACUCCCACCAGUACUUAGCUAAGUUGUCUGGGAAGCAGCUGGUGGUGGUACGGCCUCUCUUCUCCCACCACCUGCUCUCUGCCAUUCAGACCAUACUCCUUCACCAACACCGCCUGCACCACCAACCUUCUUCCCACCUUGCGGCAUCUCAGCCAGCAGCCAGAGCUGCUACUGCCAACGCCACUGCCUCUGUUGCUGCCCGUGCAGCUGCUACUGCUACUGCCACUGCCCCUGCAGCUGCCCUUGGCCCUGCUGCUGCCAUGACAUCACCAAGAACACCAGCUGCAGCAGUCACUCUGACUACAACCUCUGCUGCUACGGCUGUGCCUGCUGCUAUCCCCGCUGAUGCUUCCAGUGGUGCUGGCCUUGGCAGUUCCAGUACCAACAGCAGAAAGAGGGUUUCUUUCAUCGAUGGGGAGAGUCGAGGUGGAGGGCCGGCAAGGAGAGGGGCAGCAGUAGAGGGAGCAACCACAGGAGUAGGAGGGGUGGCAGCAGCAGCAGCAGGAGGAGGGGGAGAAGGGAAGAGUCUGCUAGCUGGGCUGAGAAUCAUGGUGGUGGACGAUGCGGCGGUGAAUCUGCUGGUGGCGCGCCGCACUCUCACUCGCAGCGGCGCCAGCGUCGUCACCGCAGGCAGCGGAGAGGAGGCUGUAAGGCAAGCCCAGCAGGCUCUACACGGGGGUGCCCUGCCGAUGGACAUGGCCGGGCAUGUUGAUGUGGUGCUCAUGGACCUGCAGAUGCCCCUCAUGGACGGGUUCGCAGCCACAGAGGCCAUACGAGCACACGAGCAAGCCCUGCUUCUUCAUCCCACAUCCCCACCAGAAGCAACGCCCAGAGAAGCAACAGAAGCCACACAAUUAGGCACGCACGCGUCAGUCACCCCCACCAUCCCUCGACUACUCAUAGUGGCACUCACAGCAGACGUGGAUGGUGAAAUCACUCUGCGCUGCCUUGCAAGUGGCUUUGAUGGCAUUCUGCAGAAGCCUGUCGACCCGAAGCAGCUGUUGCAGCUGCUUUUGAGAAUCUCCAAAAACUGA